GAAUACAGCGUGCUGGAGAUUAUUGGACCACAAUGUACGAAUGACUCAUUCCGUAACACAACCAUGGGUAACAAACAAGGAUGAAUAUCGAGAAAUGAUGGUUUUAUGGCCGGACGUUGUCCGCAAAUUCGCAGAUGCAGUUAAUACUUUAAAUGCACCUCGAAAUGUUCGAAAAUCUAUGGCAGAAGUAUUACAAUAUGAUGUACGAAGAGGAGAAAAAACUCGAGGUUUAACCGUAGUUUAUGCCUACAGGUUACUGGCAUCGAAUAAUCAACUUACGGAAGAUAAUAUUCGUCUGGCACGGAUUUUAGGAUGGUGCGUGAAACUGUUCCAAGCUUAUUUAUUUCUUUUUGAUGAUAUACAAUACCGAUCAUUAUUACGUAGAAGCCUGCCACGUUUGUAUCGAGACAAAGAUUUCUUUACAGCGGUAAUAUACAAUGGUUUAAUAAUAGAAUGUUGUUUAAAUUUUCUAAUUCGAGAGCAUUUUAGAGAAAAAGAAUGCUAUAUUGACCUAGAAGAAACAUUCCAGGAUAUAAUGCGAAAAACAAUAGAAAGUCAAUUGACAGAUUUCAUUUCUACUAAUUUCUACAAGAAGCCCAAUCUGGAUUUAUUUACGAUGGAUCACUACAAUAAAAUUGUUAAAUACAAAACAUCCAAUUAUUCAUUUAUCUUACCAGUGACUGCAGCAAUGCAUUUUGCUGGAAUAAAAGAUCCAGAGAUAUUCAAGCAAGCAAAAAUCAUCUUGUUAAAGAUGGGACACUUGUUCCAAGUCCAAGAUGAUUAUUUGGCUUGUUUUGGAAAUCCCAAAGUUUUUGGCAAAGAUAACACUGAUAUACAGAAAGGAAAAUGUACGUGGCUAAUUGUUACAACUCUCGAUCGCGCUACUCUAGAGCAACGUAAAAUUUUGGAAGAAUGUUAUGGCUCUUCGUAUCCGGAGAAAGUGAGACGUGUGAAGCAGCUCUUCAUCGAUUUGGAAUUGCCAAAUGCCUAUUGUAUGUACGAAGAAGAAACAUAUAAUUUACUAAAUGAACAUAUACAACGGGUAUCACGCGAGCUUCCAGAUAGUCUUUUCUUAGAUUUAUUAGGGAAGCUUUAUCGCAGAGUUAAUUAAACCGUGCAUAUUAAAGAAAUAGACUAAUAUAUUAAUCCUUUAUAAAUUUGAACUUUAAGAAGAAAUGUGAAACAGGAUGUGUUUUCUUUGAUAAUAUAUCUCUAAUAAAGUCAAUAAAAAAAUUAAAACAUAA